AAACAAGUAAACUUUUCUCAAUUCAACAAACAAUGGCAUUUCCAAUUUCAUUGUCCCUCUCAACACUUCACUUUCUACCAAAACCAAACAAAACCCAACUCACCUUAUCACCUAAACCUCCAAACUCUAUCUACUCUACAAGAAAAAAGACACAUUUUCCAACACUUAUCAAAACACAGUUCAAUGCUCUAAAACUCCCGCUACGCAUGAGCCCCGGAGAAGGACCGGACCACAACGAUCUACUGUACGCAGCCUUACCUUGCAUUAUCGUCGGUAAUUUAUGUCGGAACCUGAAAAAUGCUGCAAUAAUUUUUGGUCUUUCUGGACUUACUUUGACAACCAUAAUGGUGGAGUCUGCAAAUGGUUGUGAGUUAGCUGUAAUGAGUUCUUCUAUUCAAUUUAGUGAACCUUCUAAUGCUCUUUCAUUGCACACUUGGGCUAGUCAUGUUUCAAGUGUUGUUGAAUGGGUAGCUGCGAUGGCUCUCGUUUGGCAAUACGGAGAGAAGUCAGGAUAUGAAUCUUGGAAGGGACUCUCUUGGGCUAUGGUGCCGCUGCUCGGAGGAGCACUCUGUGCCUGCACUUGGCAUUUCUUUUAUAAUGCGGAGUCUCUCGAGGUAGUUGUGGCUCUACAAGCAGCAUUGACAGUAAUUGGUAAUGCAACAAUGUGUUUUGCAGCAUUCCGAAUAUACAGAUCCUCGCAGAAGCAAUCGAAAAAAUUGUGAGCAUCAUCGAGUCCAAUGUACUUCCUCCAAUCGAUCUCCUCACCCGCGAUCAAAUUCCGCGCCUAACUAGUACUCAACGUAGCGAUCCCUACAUUGUUUUCGCUGAAAAACAACAAUAGGAAGAGGAACAAUUCGCGCGUACUGAGACACACGAUGUGUAGAAUGAAAUGAAGUCGUCGCUCGAUGCGAAGAAAUGAGGAGUUUUUAGCAGGAUAUACCGGCGUGAACGGAGCUAGCUAGCUCGGGGAAAGAUCAAAAGCGGAUUCAGGAUUUUGAAUUCGAUAUGUUUUAACAUUUUAAGGUUCUUAGACUGAACUAAUUGUAUUUUUGAAACUAUGAGCUCGGAAUUUAAUAUUUAUUAAAGAGAAAAUGCUCUGUUUCCACCUUGAACUAUAUACGAAAUUGCUGAGACAAACCCAAACUUUAGGAGGGUCGUAUUACCCGCAUGGACUAAUUAAAAUCGUAUUUUUGGCAACCUCAGUGCCUACGUGGCACAUACGUGGACCUUGAGUGUGUUGAUUCACUGAUGUGUCAUGUAGGCACUAAGGUUGCCCAAAAUAUGAUUUUUAAUUAGUCCAGGGAUAAUAGGACCCUCCUAAAGUUCAAGUGUGUCUCAGCAAUUUCGUGUAUAGUUCAGGAUGGAAACAGAACAUUUUCCUUUAUUAAAAUUUUAGCGA